UAUACAGAGGUAAUGAAAGGAUCAAACAUUGAAUGCAUAAUAACGUUAAGUAAUGGCUUUUAUCAGACAAUUCAGUGAUUAAUACUAUUGAGUGAAACGUAUUGUACUUUUUGUUACGUUUUUUGCAUUCAUUUUGAGACAUAUUUUUGGACUCAUUUUCUUCGCAAUCCUUAUCUCAAAGGAAACCAUUUUUUGCGACACAAAAGCGUUUUAAUUAUACUUUUUAUACAUUUUUAUUCAAAUAUUAAUUGUGUUUAUAAUCACACAAUAAUUCUCGUGUUUUAUAAUCAAAAUAAAAUUGAUUUCAUUUACAAGUGUUUGAGUUGUGAAUCAAAACACAAUUUCAAAGUCUAUACAAAACGCCAACAAAAAGGUAAACAAAACGACAUUUAAACCCCAUUUUUGGCACUCGUUUUCUGGCCUCACAUCUGACUAUUGGAUCCAACCGUUGAGUUGAUAAUGAAUUUCUUGAGAUCAAACCCAACGCCAGCUCCGGAGCCGACGCCGGCGUCGGACGUGCCGUGGCUUAUGAGUACCGCCGCCAAAGUGGUCGCCACUAUCGCCGGCCUCUUCGGAAUCGCUGCCGGAUUUAUGGGCGUCUUCUUCAACAUAUUGAGUCCGACGUGUAUUUUCGCGGCCGCUCUUCUCAUGGUUGAGGGCGUGACCAUGGCCAUUCUGGAGGCGCCCUGUUUCUGCACUUUCCUCGACUUCGCGUACACUCCGUCCGCGUAUUUGGACCGAAAACCCCAUUGGAUUAAAGCCACACUUUAUUUGCUUUUCGCUAUAAUUCCGGUCUCGUUUUGCAUCGGUUUCUCAACACUCUUGGCCUGUAGUCUAAUACUCGUGAGUUGUGGCCUAUAUUUGGUGAUGGCUUUGGGCAGAAAAGCAUCUGCUGAUCAGAUGAGAGUAUCGGCGACUCUGUCUGAAAAGCCGACCGCUGUUCUCGUCCACAACGAGGAGCUGCCCAAAGGCACGGAACCUCCGCCCGCUUACAGCCCACAGCAGCCAAACACCAUCAGCUCUAGUCAGACAAUGCACUACUAAAUCAGAGCAACUCUUGUCGCUAUUUUGUUUCCCUCUCUUCGCAACUCUUUACGCAAAAACACUAUUUAAUUGUUAUUUUAAUCAAUCUUUUAGUGCCUUCUAUUCCUGUAUGUCUUUCGUAUCGAAUAUUAAGUACUUUUAAAUUAAUUACUAUUUAUUUUUCUAACCGAAGGAAAUCCUAUGGAAAUUAAUAUGAAAUUGAUUUUUUAAAUUAUAAAAUGUAUUUCUAUAAAGACAUGAAAUAUUUUGUAAAAUAUAAAUUUAUAUGAUUUUAGUUUACAUUUGAAUACAUUUCCAGCAAAAGAAAAUUAAUAUAUAUUUUUCACGACUUGUAACUAUAAAUUAUAAAUUAAUAAAUUGUUUACAAAAAUUGAUAA